UUUCCUGGUCGUAGUGGUUCAUUGUAAAGCAAAAGGACAACCCAGAUUCCAAUAAUUCCCACGUUGUAUCUAACCCCGAGGAAUAUUACAACUCAGAUUCAAACCCCAUCCUUCUCAUUCCUUCAUUGGACAAGGCUUGACCCAACUCUCGAUACAUGGCAUCUCUGAAUUUCACUCGACUUGGUCACAAGAACAGCAACUCCUUUGCUGAAUUUGCUCUGUCUCGCCAUGCUCCUCCCAGUUUCACUCGUCCCACUCGAGUUGGUUUCAAGGUCUUUGCUUCGGAUUCUCAAGCAGAGCCUGAUUUGAGCGUGUGUGUGAAUGGGCUCCAAAUGCCCAAUCCAUUUGUGAUCGGGUCGGGUCCACCGGGAACCAAUUACACCGUCAUGAAGAGAGCCUUCGAUGAAGGCUGGGGUGCUGUGAUUGCCAAAACUGUGUCACUAGAUGCUGCCAAGGUUAUCAAUGUAACUCCUAGGUAUGCCCGGCUACGAGCAGGAGCAAAUGGCUCAGCCAAAGGACAGAUAAUUGGGUGGGAGAACAUCGAACUCAUCAGUGACAGGCCUCUUGAAACUAUGUUAAAAGAAUUUAAGCAACUGAAAGAAGAAUAUCCAGACAGGAUUCUCAUUGCCUCUAUUAUGGAGGAAUAUGACAAAGCUGCCUGGGAAGAACUUAUUGAUCGAGUUGAGCAAACUGGGAUUGAUGCCAUUGAAAUUAAUUUCUCAUGCCCUCAUGGCAUGCCUGAGCGUAAAAUGGGUGCUGCAGUAGGGCAAGAUUGUGCUUUGUUGGAGGAAGUUUGUGGAUGGAUAAAUGCAAAAGCAACUGUUCCUGUGUGGGCAAAGAUGACUCCUAACAUCACUGACAUCACACAGCCAGCCAGAGUGGCUUUAAGUUCAGGAUGCGAGGGGGUAUCUGCUAUUAAUACAAUCAUGAGCGUGAUGGGAAUCAAUCUUGAUACUUUACGUCCUGAGCCUUGUGUUGAGGGCUACUCAACUCCUGGGGGCUAUUCUUGCAAAGCAGUCCAUCCUAUUGCACUUGCAAAAGUGAUGAGCAUUGGAAAAAUGAUGAAAUCGGAAUUUAAUGACAAGGAGUACUCACUUUCUGGCAUUGGGGGUGUUGAGAAAGGGGACGAUGCUGCUGAAUUUAUUCUUCUUGGAGCAGAUACUGUGCAGGUCUGUACAGGUGUUAUGAUGCAUGGCUAUGGCCUUGUGAAGCAACUCUGUGCAGAGCUUAAGGAUUUCAUGAAGAAGCAUAAUUUCUCAUCAAUAAACGAUUUCAGAGGGGCUUCCCUUCAAUAUUUUACAACUCAUACAGAUUUAGUGCGAAGGCAGCAAGAAGCAAUUCAAAAGAGGAAAGCUGUUAGGAAAGGUUUGCAGUCUGACAAAGACUGGACAGGAGAUGGUUUUGUGAAAGAGACUGAGAGCAUGGUUUCUAACUGAUUGCACUACUGCAGCAGCCUUCUCUAUUGUAUGAUUAAAAAUAAAUGGGGUUUUAGUUGUAUCUGGUUGAGAGAUGUCUAUUGUUUCUUUGCGUCUGAGAAAGGGUUAAAAUAUAUCUGAAGGUACUGAUGUAAAAACAGAAGAUAACAUAUAUUUCAGAGGCAAUUUGUUAAUAAAGUGCAUCUGUUUUAGCCUCAUGGUA